UUAUAUUAGUGCAGAACACUGUACCUUUAAUUUAAAUGCCCUUGGAGUCUGCUGGGGAAAGAGAAAUAAUACUGUCAGUCAGUAUGACAUGCAGAUGAGUGCCGUCGAUCUUAGAAUCACCGCACACUUCACUCAUUUGGGCAGUCACGGGGCCAAAACCAGAGUGUGGAGCCACAGUGUGGCGGUGGAGGCAGCAGCAAUGGGAGGCCAUACAGCACCCUAUGACAAAAUGGAACCCACCAGCAGUGUGAGGAGACCUGAAAGUGGCACAUGGCAGAGUGUGGCGAUGGAGACAGCAGCAAUGGGAGGCCGUACAGGGACCCAU